AUGUCUCCCUCCCAAUCUGCCGAUGAGCUGCCCUGGCACCCCGAAAAUACCAAGCUUCCAACUCGCCACCACGUCCCCCAUAUCCCAGGAGCUCCAGAAGGUGCUUGUUGGGUGUGGGGAAAGGAUGACAACCUUGGAAGGCUUAACCUUCUCACUCCUGCUCGGGUUAAGGCCGCUGCUCAGGAAAUUCGGACGGGAGAGCUGGUCCCUCUUAACUUGCCUCUCAAUGUGCCUGAAACCCCAGGGUUUGGCAGAGAGAAGUUCGUGCAUACAAUCAAGACGCUCUACGAAAAUAUCGCAUAUGAUGAUAAAUAUGAGCUGAAUACUCAGAGCGGAACACAGUGGGAUGGCUUUAGACAUUUUGCGCAUCUCGCUACUCAGUCCUUCUACAAUGGGACCAAGGGAAAGGACAUUGUCGGCCCGGAAGCAAAUCAUAACUGUAGUAUUCACCACUGGGCCAAUCACGGCAUAGCCGGUCGUGGUGUUCUUAUCGACUACUGGACCUAUGCUAAUGCUAAUGGCAUUAAAUAUGACCCUUAUACCUCCCAUGCAAUUACGUUUGAUGAUCUUUACAAGUGUGGGAGGGCUCAGGGCAUCGAUAUUCGCCCAGAAGCACAGGGUGGAGACAUCAAAGUUGGAGACAUCCUAAUGGUGCGCUCUGGCUUCGUUGAUAGCUACUAUUCACGGAGUCCUGAAGAGCGCACCCAGCUUGCACUGCGCCCCCAUGCCAUCGGCGAGGGAGAAGAGCAGAAAUAUGCUGGACUUGCUCAAGAAGAUGCUAUCCUCGAUUGGCUUCAUGAUUCCUACUUUGCCGGUGUUAUUGGAGAUGCCCCUGCUUUCGAGAGAUGGCCAACCCCAAAGGAGUACUAUCUCCAUGAAUACAUUUUAGCUCUAUGGGGAAUGCCGCUGGGCGAAAUGUGGGAUCUUGAAAAACUCGCUGUCAAGUGCCGCGAAACUAAUCGCUGGUUCUUCUUCAUGACAAGCGCCCCAGCUAAUGUCCCAGCGGGUGUGAGUUCUCAUGCCAAUGCAACUGCGAUCUUCUAA